GCUUUAGCUGUGUUGCAUUGAUUUCUUGCUUCUGUCGGCCUUCUAUGUUAUUUGUCCUUCUCUAUUACCAUCCGUGCAAUUUUCUUUGGCCGUCGCCGUGUUCACAGUGGUGGUCAUCUGUUUCAGGGAAACGUGAGUUAUCUGAGCAAGGAAUCACAUGCACGUUAUUUAUUCCUGUUUUCCGCGUAUUAGGGCCCAUUAGUGUCCUCUAACUGAGUAAGGUUAGUUUGCCACAAUGGUUAUACUUAACCUUUUAUGGUAACAUUCUCAAUGAGAGUGCGAUUUACAUUUGUUAAUUGGUCUUUCUUGCUGUCCACACAUCGUACAUUGCGAGAUCGAUAUCUUCGUGGGCUAAUACGCGGAAGACGAACUGGUUCUCAAAGGGAAGACGCGGUCGUAUGUCUAAGAAGACAACUAUCGUUGGCCGGUCGAACGUCUGACGACGCUCUAGUGUUUGACGCUUCGAAGGUCUUUGCAAACGCGUCACCGACACCGAGCUCCCUUUCAUUCCACUUGAUCGACUCCGCCAUCCACAAAUUUCUCAGUACCAACCUCGUUCGGAUACUUACGAUAGUGAUUAUGAAGGCUCUUAUUUUAGUCGGUGGCUAUGGCACACGUUUGAGACCAUUAACGCUCACUCAACCAAAACCGAUCGUGGAGUUCUGCAAUAAACCUAUGCUUCUGCACCAACUUGAAGCCUUGGCCGAUGUCGGUGUCGACGAGGUUAUUUUGGCCGUCAGUAAAUGUGCGGAUCGCAGUGACAGCUUGGAAAGCGAAUUAUCAAAGCAUCAAAAACGGGUACGUUUACUAACUCCAUUCUCUCCUCUCCCUCCCAGCGCACUGUUUAUCCCUGCUAUUUUCUAA